CUUUCAACUUUAACCUACGAUGAGGAAGACUCCGGACCGCAACGUGAUGGAGGGAAGAAAUUGAUGGAUGAAAUGCAAAGGGGAAGAGAAAGAGAAGUGGAAUGGUAAGGAGAGAAGGGAAGAGGAAGGUAGAGGAAAGAGAGAGAUUUUUUUGCUGAGAAAGUGUUGGACCAAGUUGUGAAAGCAGGGGACAAAAAAUGAUAAACAGUGGACGUACAGUACUACAAAGAUACUUGCAGCAGCUGAUCCCUAUGGCAGCCAGGGGUCUGUUGCACACGAAAAACUCACUUCUUUACAAUGUGAAUUGUUUCUGGCUGAUUAGAUUGCCAACAGAGAUUGUGCUCAGACCUGUGUCUUCUAGGCGCUUCUGUCUGAAGACAGACAGUGCUGUUGCAGAGUCAUGCAAGGAGAAUGGCAUUCUAGUAAACAAUCUGGCAUGCAUGGGAGUGGAUGUCAAAAUGGCAAGAAGGCGACAACCUGGAGUUCUGAAGAAGCUGAUCACAAAUGAAAAGGGCCUCAAAAGAUUUCUGCAAAGCAAAGGGGCUACUAAUGAAGUCAUUGCUAGCAUCAUCUCACGUUAUCCACGAGCCAUCACACGUUCCUAUGAGUCUCUUGAAAAACGUUGGGAACUUUGGAGAAGUAUUUUGAUGACUGAUUUGGAAAUUGUAAAUAUUCUGGGACGUUCUCCUGAGUCUUUCUUUCGUUCCAGUAAUAACAUCAAUAUGGAGAAAAAUAUUACAUUUUUCUGUUCUCUUGGGCUAACCUCUAAACACCUUUGCAGUAUGUUGACCAGAGCACCUCGGGCAUUUUCUAACAAAGUGGAGCUGAAUAAACAGUUGACUGACCUCCUGCAUGAGAUCUGUUUGUCUUUAGGUGGUGAAAACCCAAAUGAUUUUGUGAAGCACAUCAUUUCUAAAAAUGUCUUCAUCCUCCUGCGCAGCAGCAAGCAAGUGAGCGCAAACGUAGAGUUCCUGCAAUCUUUCCAUCUGAGCAACGAGGAAUUACUAGCUCUGCUACAUGGCUGUGGAGCUGACAUUUUGGACUUAUCUAAUGAAUAUAUCAAAAAAAACUUUACAAAUGCAAAAGAGAAGCUGUUAUCUCUUGGGUGCACUGAAAGAGAGGUGGAUAGAUUUUUCAUUAGUUAUCCACGAGUGCUCUUUCUUUCAUCCAAGAACCUCAGUGAUAAAAUAGAUUGCCUUUUGCAAGCAAAGAUUCACAUUAAACAAAUAGUUGAAAUGUCUCGUGUUCUGGAUAUAAGUAUCGGUACUGUAAGAAGCAGAGUCAAGGAACUGGAAAAAACUAGUUAUGACUUCAAAACCUAUGGAAUUGGCAUCCUUACUUUAAGUAAAAGGAGAUUUGAAGCUAAAUUGGAAAAAUUACAUAGUGCACAGUGAUUAAUCAAGAGGACAGAAUCCAUUCUGUGAGAAUACAGGGUCAGAUUCUGAAAUUAAAACACUUGAAAGAGGGUCCUGUUUUGUUAUUUUGAAACUUAUUUCAGAAUAAUUUGUGGUUACUUAGCACUGCUUAUUUAGGAUAAGUAAAUUCUCAGCUAUCACUAGCGGGGCGCUGUAGAGUGACCAGGAGAACCAUUUGGUGUCUUGCUUACCAGCUGUGAUGCUAGUGGAUCACAGAUAUUGAAAAGAAUGAGACUGUUUAGAGUGUACAUCAGUUGGAGGAGAGAAUAGAGAUAUGCAGAAUAAUGAAUGGUACAGAGAAGAUGUCAGGUAUACUAUUUGCCCUUUCCUCCAUACAAAAGCAAGGGAUCAUUCAUACCCUCGAUUCUGGAACUGGCUUAGCACAGGCUAACCCAGGGGCAGGCAACCUAUGGCACACCUGCCAAAGGCAACACGUGAGCUGAUUUUUAGUGGCACUCACAUUGUCCGGGUCCUGGCCACCAGUCUGAGGGGCUCUGGAUUUUAAUUUAAUUUUAAAUGAAGCUUUUAAAACAUUUUAAAAACCUUAUUUACUUUACAUACAACAAUAGUUUAGUUAUAUAUUAUAGACUUAUAGAAAGAGACCUUCUAAAAACAUUAAAAUGUAUUACUGGCACGCAAAACCUUAAAUUAGAGUGAAUAAACGAAGACUUGCCACACAUUUGAAACCCCAUUGAAGUCCUUUCAUGAGCCAGUUGUUGGACUGGGGUAUUCUAUUAUUUCUUUACGUUGCUUCAUCUUAUCACAGAUAAGUAAGAUCUAGGAGCCUGUGUCCUUGACAAAUGCAUUGAAAGGUCUGUUGAUAAGGGUUGGUAUAAAUGUAGUCUUUGUGAUAGAAGCAUAUCUCUGUAAGCCUAUAAAAUCCAAUAAUAUGAAGAGUUGGCUUAAAUCUAACAGGCAUACUUAGAAGGGUAGCUUCCUUUACAGCAAUUAGUAAAGGAAUGUGACAUCAAAGUAUUGUGCACAGCCUAAUGAUUUGAUGAUAGAUGAGUCAUUAAAUGCUACAGAAGUCUCUCAGAUGAGGACAAAUGUACUUGGCAUUUGCAAAUCGUAGAUACUUUAAGGAGGUAGCUCCUAAAUGCAGAAAACUAACGUCACAUUAUUCCUUGAAGCAUAAUACAAACUGCUUUUGAUCUUAAGAACAGGUAAUUCUGUUUAUUUCAAGCGUAUAAUGACACAUUUUCCCCACCUAAUUACAUGAUCUAAGGAUUUAUAUAUGUUUACAUAUGUAUGCUUUAUGUUUCUUACCCUUUGAUCACAUGUCUAGUCCUCUUGCUUUAACUAGGGGUAUUAAAUGUCUAUUUUUUUUUCACUCCCUCCUUUGCAGGAAGAGGAUAAAGUCAAAGACCCUGGAUCCUAAGUCUGAAGUCUAAGAAAAAAUUCAGUAGGUACCUGCUUGUGUUUGCAGGUUUUGGCACUUAAAUUUGAUCUUGAAUUCUCAGGGUCCUGGGAAAUGUACAUUUUAUCUGAGUAUAAAUUUAAAUGUUUACAAGAGAAGCAUUAAUUACUGAUUAGAUUUUCAGUAGAGAUUGCGCUCAGAUCUGUGUCUUCUAGGCAUUUCUGUCUGAAGAUAGAGUGCUGAUGCAGAGUCAUGUCAGGAGAAUGGCAUUCUAGUAAACAACCUGGCAUGCACAGGACUGGAUGUCAGUGGAUGUCAGAAUGGCAAGAAGGUGACAACCCAGAGUUCUGAACAUUGAUUACUUCUGGUUAAAUUAACAAAGCUUAUUUAUUUUUCUGCUAUGUUUCUACAAUUAUCUUCCCUUCUUAGGAACUGUGAUAGGGUGCUUGGAGGGCCAGGCAUCCUAGUGAUUGGCACAUCUGACUUCUGGCCUCUUGCCCCAGGUGCGGAAUAAAUUUUGUUAUGUGUACCAAGGUAAUGUAUGGAUGUACGCCUCCAGUAGAAACAAAAAACCUAGAUACUCCAGCCAGGACAGGUUAGGCAUUUUAGAACUCACUACUCAACGAAUUAAAUUUAAGUGUGAGAGA